GGUUAGGGUUUAACACAUUCUCUCUCUUCUUCCUUGAGCAAAAAUCCAGUACUUUCUACAAAACCCUCCUUUCUCUCUCUAGAUCAGUCAAUCUCCAUCUCCCCCCCUUUCAAGACCAGAACCAAUCCAAAACCCCAGAAAAUGGGUAGCAGCCAAGCCGCGGCGUCUUUUCUCACGAACAUUGCACGCGCCGCUUUCAGCGUCGGCAUCGGCGCCACCGUCCUGAAUGCGUCACUCUACACCGUCGACGGCGGCCAACGAGCCGUUCUGUUCGACCGUUUCCGUGGAGUUAUCGAAGAUACCGUCGGUGAAGGAACCCACUUCUUAAUCCCAUGGCUUCAGAAACCCUUCAUCUUCGACAUUCGCACGCGCCCUCACACCUUCUCGUCUGUCUCAGGGACAAAGGAUCUGCAGAUGGUCAAUCUCACUCUGCGUGUGCUAUCACGCCCUGAGGUCAAUCGCCUGCCAGACAUUUUCAAAACCCUAGGACUUGAAUAUGAUGAAAAAGUCCUCCCAUCAAUUGGCAAUGAGGUUCUCAAAGCUGUAGUUGCGCAAUUCAAUGCUGAUCAAUUACUCACUGAACGUCCCCAUGUUUCUGCCUUGGUGCGAGAGAGUUUGAUACGUAGGGCAAAAGAUUUUAACAUUGUGCUGGAUGAUGUGGCUAUUACUCAUUUAUCAUAUGGUGCGGAGUUCUCAAAGGCUGUGGAGCAGAAACAGGUAGCACAGCAGGAGGCAGAGAGGUCUAAAUUUGUGGUCGCAAAGGCAGAGCAGGAGAGAAGGGCUGCUAUUAUUAGAGCAGAAGGAGAAAGUGAGUCUGCCAAGUUGAUCUCUGAUGCAACUGCAGCUGCAGGGAUGGGUUUGAUUGAGCUUCGGAAGAUUGAGGCAGCUAAAGAAAAUGCAUCAUCCAUGUGCAGAAAUGGGAAUGUGGUCUAUCUGCCCAGCACCAACAAUAUGCUUCUCGGUGUCAAUCCUGGGCGUUAAUUAUGAGGGAUGUUUGUUUGCCCAUGGAACUGGUUGUCAAGGGUGUCAAGAGAUGGCAGAUUUCUGGUGGGCUUUCUGGCUAUUGGGCUUGCUAUCGCUUUUAUGGGGAUAUUGAAGUUUUUAUUUUAUGUUCCAAUACCUUGAUAAGUUGUAUGAAUAUCUUAGGAGGAACCGAAUGAUAAGAGAGUUUUCUGUGGUUAUGGAAGAUGUUUACAUCCUCUCCUGUGGAUUCUGGAGAAACUAUAAUAAUUUUAACACUCUGCUCGUUUCCUUAGUCUAGGAAAUUUCACCCCAACAAUCCUUCCAUUAAACUUAAUCUGUUAAGUGACUGGUGCUUUACAUAUCUAUCACGGGAGGCUAUGCUGUUGCAGUGGUUCUAUAAUGCAGUUGUCUGUAGUUCUUGA